UGUUCUGGUGUUAAGCAGAGUGUGGAUUCGAUUCCCGGUGUCUUGACACGGACGUGCAUGUGUUCUUGUUCUCUCCUGGAAGCAUGCACGUAUUUAGGCUUGAACACUCGUGGACUUCUCGAGACGUCCUACGUGCAUCCCUGGUUUCGCAUUACCAGAACUAGCAACUUUGAAAUGAUUUUUUAUAUGAUGCAACUUAGAACCUGACUUUGGCUCUUUGUCCGAAAACGAACACUUCCUGUGCAUCUGUGGGUGGAGGAUGCCUAUGGAGCCGAUGUCCAAGCUGCGAUUUCGUAAACGGCCACUGAAAAAAUGUGGUCACCGUUAAAACCACUGCCGGUAUAUCGUCAGCUGCUGGUCUUUGAAAGUAUUGGCAUAUAUGCCUAUAUAGAUGGUUUUUACCGCAUGAACAAUGUGCCUGAUCACCACUUUGCUCAUUGCCUAAACUGAACCGUUAAGUUAUCGGUGACGGCCCGCACAACUCAAAAUCUGAGCCAUACAUCUAUAAACGAUCAUCUAUAAUCGAUCAUAACAAAGCAAUUACUCUUUCUUUGUGUCAAUAAUGAUUAAGUUUUCUGUGACACUAACGGUGUACACAGACACACACUGUGUCCACACUCCAUAAAGUAGGUCAGGCCGGGCGUGGUUAGUGUUAUGGUACAACGUACCCCAUGAAUACCCAAUAUUUACGAACAUUUAGCUGGACUUCCAUUCCGGAAAUGCAACCUGCAGCCCACCCUCCCGACGAGUUCAUCUGGGCCGUUGGUUGUCGUGGAAACGCUACCAGUGAGAGAGGCACGUCCGGUGUGUCAUAAAUUUGGAUACACACAAUAUCGGAUGUCCAAAUCACCCCCAAAUCGGGUCCACACUGAUGGAAUUAUUGUCUGUAAUUACCAGGUGAGGGCGUUUUCAUUUCUCCAUAAAUUGUUGACACUUGAAGAUAGGGACCGUAUUAUAGUAGUAUAUUAUCAACAUUGAUAGUGUGACACCGGUAGCGAUCAAUCCAUUCAUGUUUCCGCAUUAGCUGGCCUGCUGUGACCGCAUGGUGUUGACAUUGACGUUGAAAUGGGAUUAUAACGUUUUGGCAGAAGUCGCCGUGUGUGUUGAGGAUCGAACGUGACUAUUUUAUGUGUUUUUAUAGGCAUGUUGACAUUAAAAUGAGAUGAACUAGGCGUACUUGCGAUUCACCCGGUGGUUUGUGAUGCAGUUGAAGAUGAUUAUUAUCAUGUGGCCAAUUGUGACUGUGCCGUGUUGACAUUGACAUUCGGGAAAAUUAGAUGAACUUUGCGCCUGGAUCAGAAAGAGUUCAACCGAUGGUUUGUUGAAUAUGGAAUUAAAUUUGGGAGUGUAUGUUUGGACGAAUAUUGUGGAGGCAUAUAAAUAAUGAGUUGUCUUCUGGAAGCGAUCGGAAAAUCAUCCAUCCCUGUUUCGGUAUGUAUUUUCACCCCAGAACUGUUUAUUUAAUUCUUUUUAAACAGAACAAACAUUUGAUUAACAGGUGGUGUUCGAUUAAAAGCAGUUUUUGCCGGCGUUAAACCGGGGAUUUCCCCAAGUGCAUCGCGCCAGUUGUAACCUGGGACAAUACAAUGUUUACUAUAAUAAGCCACAGAGGCUGGAGUUCCUGCAGGCACGAUUUGUAUACAUGAAAGGAACACGGACGUAAAAUCUUGCUUUCCAUGGAGAUCCUCUGAUAUUAAAAUGUAUCAACUCUCGAGGCACUUUACUGGACAGGUAGAGGCUAAGGGCGACACUCGGUCAUUCACUUUAUAGGGGAUUUCCCCUUUUUGAGUGCGAGCACAAAGAAACGCAAGUUCGACUCUAUCAGCCCGGAACUCAUCACACUACACUGGCUCCCAAUCCAACAAAGGAUCGACUUCAAGGUCAUCGUUCUCAUGUUCAAGGCCUUACAUCAACAAGCCCCUCAUUACAUCAUAGACAUUCUACAAGUUGGUGCUGAACGGAGACUCCUUCGGUCAAACAGCCCCUGUUCACCAUACUUUGUAGUUCCAAGAACAAGUCACAUCACUUUUGCCGAUAGAGCCUUCUCGGAAUAUGGACCCAAACUCUGGAAUAAAUUUCCCAAUCACAUCAGGGACACAACAUCAUUCAACACAUUCAAGGCACUUCUGAAAGCCCACUUGUUUCAGGAGGCCUACCAUCAAUGACUUUUUAUUUCUUCUGUGCCUCAGCACCUUUGAGCAAACUUUUUAUUUAGGCGCCAUACAAAUUACGUUUGAUUGAUUGAUUGAUUGGGUUGCAGACACAAUGCCAAGUGCAAAGCCAGAUCGUUGCUCCACGCAUUAUAGAGAUUGAUUGAUCAAGUGGCAUGCGUUUCCUGCCGUUAUGGAGAGAAUCGGUAUCGGAGGAAAGUUCACAUUUUAAACGAUGAACAAAAUCACUUCAUCACCCAGUAACGAGGUCAAAAGAUAUAUAGCAACCAGGCAUGAUGUUGUCCCCCACAACAACCAGCCCAUUCUGGAUUCCUUGUGAGUCAACUCUCAACGACACUCACUUGUUCAGAGCACAAUGUGGUAAAGAUCGAUUACCUUUCGAAUUAAUGCAAAUUAAAACAGUUGAAUCUUUCAUCAAAUAUUUAGCAACAAUCCACAAAACGAAUGUCAGAACCAGAUUUGUCAAAUUAGCUCACGGACAAUCACUUGUUCUGCUAUUAAUUUACACCACUGAAAUAACUUAAACACGACCACCAUGCCUGGUCUCCCAAAAGAAAUCUUCAGUGAUAAGAAUAUUGUGGAGAGGUUCAUUUGCUCAAUAUGUCUGUUGGUGUUCCGUGAUGCUGUGCAAAGUCCCUGUGGCCACCGUUACUGUGAUAGCUGUAUCAAGGAGCAGAUUAAGAAUCGAAAAGGAGAGUUAAUAAGAUGCCCUGCUUGUCCAGAAAAUUCCACGGAGGGAGUUUUAAUAUUUGAUGAGGUGUGUCCCGACUUUGUUGUGAGAAGAGAACUGAGAACAGCCGUAGUGGUUUGCUUCAUUGAAGGCUGUGAUUGGAGGGGAAGUGCCCACCAAUAUGUUCAGGAGCAUGAAAAUACUUGUCCGUUCGAGAAGAUAAAGUGUCUCAAGUCAGGAUGUGGGAAAACUGUCAAAAGAGGAGAUUUAAGUCAUCAUUUAGAGAAAGAAUGUCCGAUGAGAUUGGUAGAGUGUAAACAGUGCAAGAAACAAUAUCCUUACAAAGAAUCAAAGAAACAUGCCAGUGAAUGUUCGAAUGCACUGAUAACAUGUAGCAGUUGCAAUAAACGUGUUCCACGAACUCAGAUGGAAAGUCAUCUGGAUGUUGACACAGGGGAUUGUCCGAAACUAAAAAUCAGAUGCAUGUAUUUUCCUCUUGGCUGCACAGCAAAGCUUGACGCCAGCCGUAUGGAGGAGCAUCUCGCUAAAAAUGUUAUGGAACAUAAUCGGCAGAUUGUAAACACUCUCUCCAACUCUAGUUUUCUCAAGGGGGAAAGUAAAGGAGCAUCACCGAUGAUUGAAAGAUCAGAGAAAAUCAGCAAAGUCAAAGAGCGCUACUUUGAUGAAGCUGCAUUGUCGGGAAAUCUCCGGGAGAUGGUUGUUGGAAAGGUAGAGGAUUCGAAAGGAUCCAACACCUCAAAAGUUGUUAAUGGUGGUGUAGAUCUUACAGCAUUUGAAGGCAUGUUGAACUUGCAGAUGGAAGAAAGCAGAAGGGAAAUCCGCAAAUUGAGUCGAGACAUCGAGAAGAAGGUGGCGAGUUUACAUAAUAAUUUCCAGGAGAAGGACGAGAAGACUGGAUCCAUGAUCGCCGUCCUGGACCGCAGGACAGAGACACUCCAACAGGUGCUGGCUGUCUUGAGCAACGAGCUGGAGGCAGUGCACUCCAAGGUGUCCGCCCUUCAGCAGCAGAACACCUACCUGAAGGAGUUCACUGAGAAACAGGAGAAGAGGCUGCAGUCCCAGGACCAGAUGCUGACGCUCAAGAACAUUGCCCUGGCCGAGCAGGAGCUGCGUAUCCAGGCCUUGGAGGCGUCAUCCUACGACGGGGUGCUGCUCUGGAAGAUCAAUGAGGUCAGACGCCGACGCCAAGAGGGAGUAUCGGGUAAAACCACUUCAUUCUACUCGCCUGUUUUCUACACCAGCCGACAUGGCUAUAAGCUCUCUGCAAGGAUCUACUUGAAUGGAGAUGGGUUAGGGAAACACACGCACAUGUCGCUUUUCUUUGUGGUCAUGCGAGGGCGCCAUGACGCUCUCCUUCCGUGGCCUUUCCACCAGAAGGUGACCUUCAUGCUGAUGAAUCAGAACAACCGGGAGCACGUCAUUGACGCCUUCAGACCAGACCCUGCAAGCUCCUCGUUCAAACGGCCCAACAGUGACAUGAAUGUUGCUUCCGGAUGUCCGCUCUUCAUUGCGCAGGAAGUCCUGGAUUCAACUGACAGUUUCAUCAAAGACGACACAAUGUUUGUCAAAGUCGUUGUCGAUACUGUUGGAUUGGACAACAUUUGAACAAUGACAGUGACAAAGCCGUGUCCAAAUUGGUAAUCACAGCUGUGGCUACGACAGGAUUUCUGCGUCAUCAUGUAAUAUAGCAUCCUGUAUAGCAACAGUUGUAGCAAUAGCUGUAGCCAGCAGUUCGAAUAUGACCCGACUUUGCUGGAUACAAGUGGUGCUUAUUUUAAAUAGUGGCAAGUUGCCCCAAAUGUCUUCGUAUGCAUAAUUGAUGCGAUGUGAAGAUUUAACACAAGCUGUGAGUUCGCACCAAAUGUGUGACGCUCGGCUGAAGUUAAACAUUUUUUUCUGUAGUCCACAGGAAAACAAUUUAUAACAGGUGACUCUCUUAACCCUCUCGUUUCUGAAUUGUUUCAAGAUAAUGAACCACUGAUGAUGGGUCAGCAUAUGAAUGAGGGACUCAGAAGUGUGUAUCCAUGCUCGAUAUAAGACAGGAGGGCACCCCCCCCCCAAACGUUCCCAUGCUUCAACACACUAUUAUUCUUGGGCCGAACCCCCCCCCCCUUAAAAUCCUCUAAGAAUUUCCUGAGAAUCCCUGAAGUUUUUGAAGACGCAAUCGGGGAAGGGGAGGGUGGGGGGGGGGCCUAUACACCAUGCCACAUAGGGAGCACCAAAUGAAAGUGCAACAGGAUUCAAUGUUCAAUAGGUAAAGAUAAGAGAUUGAAAUCAAGACCUCAGCUGAGGUCUCGAAAUCAAGCGUCUGAAGGCACACAACUUCGUGCGACAAGGGUGUUUUUCUUUC